AUGUCCUACCCGUUCGAUACCGAGGGUAUUGAUAGCCCUGCGUUGCAGACAGGGGCUUCUCUGUCCCUGCCUCCUGGGACACGCCGCUGGCUAUACUUUGGCAAGGACUUCCAGCCCUUCCCCGGGGGUAUUCAUUAUAGGGUGCACGAGAGGCAGAGAACCCAUGAGAUGCUUGUGGACCCCAACGUGGGUGACUACGUGAACGCCAUUGUGAUUGUGGCCUUUCCAUCUCCCUAUGGUUCAUGUGGUGGCCAUGUCUUUCCCUGUAGCUCCCAUACAUUGACCCUGAUGAGUUUCCACUCAGGUGCUCUUGUUCUGUCUCGUAAGGAGGCCGUCCAAGAGGCGACAUGCUCUUCCACAAACCGGGCCUGGGAGAUGCCUCGUUCACUAAUCAAGCUACUUCCAAUAUCGUUUGACGCGAUUCGGUCUGGUCCAUACUUGACGGAAAUGGAAGAGAAGGGAAAAGGAGAAUUCCCAGUUUUCCGGUCGCACCUGCGUGGCCGCAUGGAAAACCCAUUUGAUUCUCGAGAAAAUCGUCUCCGCAGCCUGUUCGAGAAGCCCCCAGAGGAGUCACUUUGCCUGUGGACUGACGACUCCUCUCUUGACGAGGAUACACCUGCGGCUGCUGUCAGUGGUCAUGGAGUCUGA